AUGGCAGAACCUCAGAGCGUGAUAACUCAGGUUUCGGCGGACCAGGGCCUGCCCCCUGUAAUGCAAGACCAAGGGCAGGACUUUCUGGACGACGAUUCUUUGAUUCAUAUGAACAUCCAAGAAAACCACUAUUACAUCACCAGAGACCAGCUCAUGUCCCUUCCAGAGUCGCUGCUGCUGUGCUUGUUCCCCUCUGGCGUGUUUAUGGACCGGACGGGCCAGGUGAUCACAAAUUUGACCUCGCAGGACGAAGUCUACGUUGGCAACUUCGCGCCCGACUGCUUUGAGUACAUCAUGGAAAAUUACGUACGGGCACAGGAAGAUCUAGUUAAUUUUCCCGUGGAAGAGAUUUUCGAUCGUGGUUUGUCCUCCCGCGAGCCUUCUCGUUUUUUUGGCUUCUCUUCGCCUAACGCUCUGUCUCCCGCAGGCCACUCAGAAGCAGAUAUUCUGCAUGAAAAGCCCAGUAUCAUUGUGCUACGAGAAGAUCUGGACUACUACUGCGUUCCAUUCCAACCAUUGUCGUAUCCUGAAGAUGCCUCCGACGAAUUGAAGACAGGGCUGGACGAGAAUUUUAUCUCCCAGGUCAAACUGGCUGCUGGCAGCUAUUUAUCAGUACAAACUAGUGUAUUCCAGGGGCUUCAUAGCUCUAACAGACUCAAAAAGCCUCAGAGCGACUCCCCAGAUCAACCUACACCCAAAUUGGGACCCGCAGAACAACACCUCAUGGACAUGCUGUGCUCUUCUGGUUUUCAAGGCACUUCAGUUUGGGGGAACCGUGCACAAGAACCCGGCAAGAGCGUCAUCAGCUCCUUGUCACUUUGCCGUUUGAUGAAUGAAACUACGCAGGAGUUUCGUGAUCAAGUAGAGGAGGCCAAGAAAAACCAUGAAGAAAAAAUGCUCAGCACUCGCGCGCAAUCGGAGUCACCGUCCUUGACGCCACUCCAAUCGCCUUCGCAACAGCACAAUGACACCAAGCGGAAAUCCAGACUAUCCUCCCUUGCCGACAACGUUCGCUCCCGGUCAGCUUCCCGCCACCGGUCCUCAUCCAGGCAGCGCCAGGACCAGGCCCCUACUUUGUAUGAGCUAGUAUCCAAACCGGAUAUCAAUUCCAAGCUGCUACUGUUCUGGAAGAAACCCGCUCGUAAAUGUUGGUGGGGCGAAGAAGAAUUGAAGCUUCCUCUAAAACUCUACGGCCAAGUCAACCCCGAAACUGGGGAGCUCCUACUGCUGCCCGAUGGGCCAAUAGUGACAGUCGAAGUCCCAAUCAAACUGCAUAUACGGAGAGUUUGGACUCUGGAACUGAGCGUCGUCGGCGUCGAAUAA